CUCAAAAUGGGUUGAUUGGCUUGUUUUGGAAGCCAGGAAAAGCCCUAGAACACACUAGCAUUCUGGCUGAAUCAGUCGUACAGUUGGGAGGGAUGAACAAGAAAAAAAGUGCCAGGAAUUUGGCUGAAGAAAACAAACCAUCCUUUAAGCUCUUCCCUUUUUCUGCCUUCAGAGGAGCUAUCCUGAUCCAAACGUGGUAUCGACGCUAUGUGGCCCGGCUUGAAAUGCGCCGAAGAUGCACAUGGCGCAUAUUUCAGUCCAUAGAGUAUGCGGGAGAGCUGGAUCAUCUCAAGCUCAACCAUUUCUUUGACUACCUUAUGACCUACUUCACGCCAAGCAACAACAAAGACAGAGAUUUCCUUAACCGCAUAUUGUCAGAACCUGAAAUCAUCUUUGACCCCAAGCUCGAAAAACCCAUUGAAACCUUUGAAUCCGUUGUGGUGCCGGACACCUAUGUGGGGCCUCGCCUUUCCUUCCCACUCGUGCCUGAGGAUGCCACUAACUUACUGGAAGCGUACCAACACGAGCAACAUCUUCACGCUUACUAUGUCCUAAGACUCUUGAGUGAGACUGAAAAGCAUCUUGCCCAGCUUCCAAACAUCACCUGCAUCUCCACCUGCUACAGUGAGGAGAUCACUGUAUGUGGAGAUUUGCACGGACAGCUGAGUGACUUGUUCCUCAUUUUCUACAAGAAUGGUAUUCCCUCUCCACAAAAGUUUUAUGUCUUUAACGGUGACUUUGUGGACCGAGGCAAGUGUUCCAUAGAAGUUCUGAUCAUCCUCUUCGUCUUCCUUUUGGUUUACCCGAAGGAGGUCCACCUGAACAGAGGGAACCACGAGGACUAUAUGAUCAACUUACGCUAUGGUUUCACCAAGGAGGUCACGCGCAAAUAUAAGGAACACGGCAGCAAAAUCCUGAAAGAGCUCAAGACGGUCUUCAGCUGCCUGCCUCUGGCCACCCUGAUUGACCAGAAGGUCUUGAUUGUACACGGAGGAAUCUCGAACAUGACUGAUUUGGAGCGGCUAGCCACGGUCGACCGGCGCAAGCUUCUCUCUGUAUUGACCCAGAAGAGAAAACAGUCAAGAGUUUGGGGCGUCCAUGAAUCGAAAGCAUCCCGAUGUGGCAAGAGCAGUUUAUCAAGCAGGUCUCAGCUGCCCCACUCGAGUGUCCAGGAAGAGCUCCGGUCCUGCCGCAGGAUGGCUGGAAUGUCACUUACCUCUGUGGAUACCAGAUCCGAUGACUCAUCAAUCCUUGAAGACGAGGACGUUCAGCAGGUGACGGAUAUAUUGUGGAGCGACCCCAUUCCUCAAAACGGCUGCAGAGUGAAUCAGGACCGAGGAGGAGGCUGCUACUUUGGCCCCGAUGUGACGAAGGAGAUUCUGGAAAAGUACAACCUGCAGUUCAUCAUCCGUUCCCACGAGUGCAAGCCGGAAGGUUAUGAGUUCUGCCACGACCGAAAGGUAAUCACUGUAUUUUCCGCUUCAAACUACUAUGCAGUUGGCAGUAACAGGGGUGCCUACCUCAAACUGGGGCCUGACCUGAUCCCUCACAUCGUCCAGUAUCAAGCCAGCAAGGAUGCACAUAAACUGACAAUGACUCAAAGGAUCAGCCGGGUGGAGGAAUCAGCAUACCAGGUUUUAAGGGAGCAAUUGUUUGCUCACAGGUCAGAGCUUGCCUCCGCCUUCAGGCAAUGUGAUCAGGAUUCAGGAAUGAUCACACUAAAUGACUGGGCAAAGGUGGUGGAGUCCGUUCUCAAUCUAGGGCUACCCUGGAGGAUGCUGAGACCACACCUAGUUUCCAACGCUGUCAAUGGGAUGCUGGAUUACAAUUUGUGGCUCAAAGACCUUGUGACGGAGCAGUGGUCAGCCUCUCAAGAGCGCAUUCAAUCAAGUUUGCUGGAAAACAUUUACCGAAACUUAUCCAACCUGGAGACUCUCUUCAAUAUUAUAGACAGUGAUCAUUCAGGGUUCAUUUCUCACGACGAGUUCCGCCAGACCUUCAAAUUGUUCAGUGCCCAUAUGAAUAUUGAAAUCUCAGACCAGGAUGUGACGAACCUGGUCAACAGCAUCGAUUUCAACAAAGAUGGAAACAUAGAUUUCAACGAGUUCAUCGAGGCCUUCCGCAUUGUCCGACAGUCUUCCUCGGAUGACAUUAGCAGCUGGAAUCCCGCCGUCACGGAUGCCACCAACCCACAGACAGCAUCUUUGUAGUGGUUUCUCAACCCAGGCUCAUCUUUCAACCUAAGAACAUGCCUCACAACUAAGUAGUAAGACAGUUCCUAGCAACUGCCUCACAACUGAUACAGACAUUUUCAGAUUUCUUCUGUUGAGCAAGAGGGAAAAACAGGACAUCUGCAUCCCUGUUCCAUACCAACGACGGCAUCUAAUAUUAGGGAAUUGCUGUAGCUUUUUUCAAAGCUUUUUUUAAAGCAUUGGUGAGUCAGUCUUAGCCUGUAUUGAACGUUUACUCCAGCCCAGCUUAAAAAUGGAUUGAAUAAAUGUUUAUCACCCUGUG